UUAUAAUCGCCUUCGAUUACAACAGUUACAUGUAUAAAAGAUCGAUUGGUGGAGGUGCAGGUGUCAGUAGCGUUUAACGGAUGUUUCAACAGUGUGUUUACUCGUAUUGGAUGGUCUUACCUCUCCUCAGAAAAGAUGAAUGUUGAAGAUCGCUUGCGAACUUUUGGCAACUGGCCUUUGGCAUAUAUUUCUCCGUUGUCCUUGGCCGAAGCUGGUUAUAUCUACACGGGAGAAGGUGAUGAAGUUAAAUGUGUCACGUGCAAUUGUGUGCAUUUUGACUGGGCGAUGGGAGACAAGCCUAUCUUCGAACACCGCCGCGAUAAUCCGGAGUGCCCAUAUGCAGCAAUGGUAGCGGACGGUGACGUCUAUAUACCGGCAAUGGUAAAUUACCGUGAUCGGUUCGGCACUUUUGCGGAGUGGCCUGUGUACGCCCAGCAGCGGCCAAGAGACUUGGCAAUGGCCGGUUUCUAUUUCAUGGAGGUUGCUGAUCGAGUGCAGUGUUUUUGCUGUGGUCGAAAACUGGAAAAAUGGACCCCGGACGACGACCCAUGGAUUGAACAUGCUAUUCAUGAGCCUCGAUGUGAAUUUCUGAUUGAAAAACAAGGACUGGAGUUUGUAUAUUAUGUUCAGAGGUUUCACGAUAUGGACCACAGAAAGUGGGUGACUGGUCCACGAACCGAUCGACGGGACUUCUUAACCGCCCAUGCAGUAGAACUUGGAUGCCAUUACACGUAUUUGAUCAAGGCUCUGCUCCGUAAUAAGACCGCGUGGCUCUAUUUUGACUUGAAAGACUUGGUGGAGGCGGCAAACCGGAUUAAGGAACGCAUCACAGUGGCGAGACUGGAUGGUAACUCUCAAGUAGAUAAGGAAUGCAGUUUUCCGUGUGGUCAUGCCGUUUGUUGUACUGGUUGUUCGGAAAGACUGCGAGAAUGUCCUGUUUGUCGCCAGCUAAUUUUUGAAAAGGUUAAGCUUUUCUUUGCAUAA